AUGGCAGCAGGCCGCCUCAUCUCCCUCCUAGCCACCCUCUUCCUCUCCGUCUCCCUCCUUCUUCUUUGGUUCACCCUCCUCUCAGGCAUAACCUCCACCUCCCCCCUCCGCCAAACCUACUUCCUCCGCGCCGACACAUCCGGCAUAACCGGCGCCCGGGGCAUAUCUCAGUGGACAUAUUUCCGCAUCUGCGGGAUAGACAACACCGACUGCGGCCCUGCCCGUCCCGGGUUACCGUUGGGUGACGCCUGGGCUACUGAUGCGGACAAUGUGCCCCAGGAACUGAUUGGGAGUUAUGGAGGCGGCACGACGAGCUACCAGUAUUGGUACCUGUGGCGAUUUGGCUGGGUUUUCUAUCUCAUCGCCUUGUUCUUUAUGACUUGCGCGUUUUUGGGGAGCUGGCUGGCUUGUCUGGGACGGUUGGGGGCUGGGUUGAUUGCGACGGUUAGCAGUGUGGGGUUGUUGUUUCUGAGUGUGGCUGUGGCGCUGAUGACGGCUACUUUUGUCAAGACACGUAACGCGUUUAUUGCUGAUGGGAGGAAUGCUGAUUUGGGGGCGUACGGGUUUGGGUUCAGCUGGGGAAGCUGGGCGGCCAUGUUUAUUGCUACGGUUCUGUACUGCGUUGCUAGGAGGGGGCACGCGAGUGACGGGGUGGGGAGGACGAACAAGAGGUGGUCGGGCAGCACCUUUGGCCGUAGGAAGAGCUCGGGGACGGCCGGGUCGAGGAGGAGUUGGGAUGGGAGGAGAGUUAAAGAUGAGUAUGCUUAA